GCCUUUUUUGUUUAUUAUUUCCCUUUCCCUUUUCAUUAUACGAUAUGAUUUGCCAUUUUGAACCCUAAGGUCUACUUGUUUUAUUUUGUUGAUCGUAAGUUGGUGAAAUGUGAAGCGAGAGAUCUAUUUGUUGUAUCGUGCGAUUGCCAAUGGAAGAAUAGUUCGCAUUUUGUUGUUUUAGUUUUCCUGAAUACACCGUUCCUUCCAUUUGAUCUACUGGCUUUCCAUUAUGAUGGACAUUGUGAAGUUGCUGAAUUGAUUUGUUAGAUUUAUGGCUAUGUUGGACUGCUCUGGAUCAUAUGAACUCCUAAGCAAAGUUAGAACAUGCUCCAUGAAUGGUUAUUUCUUCCAAUUUUGUGUUUUUAUGUUCAAUCAUCUUUUUAUCUUUGUGCAGUUCUUAGUUUAAUUUUGUUUAUCAGUAGUUAAUGAAUAAGAAAAAUGACACAUUGGAUGAUGACUGGUUCGAUCACUUGGUUGACAUUAAUGAUAAAUACAUACCUUAGAGAUGCAACUCUAAAUCCCAGUAUUAUCCCAAAGGUUUUGUACCUGAAAUGGAUAACUCCUGCAUUUAGUAUAGUUAACAUGACACCAUGUUGAAAAUGCCAACAAGACCCGAUCAGUGUGAUUUGUGCUUCAUGCCUAUGAUAUAAUGAAUUUAGUCUUUUAGUAACCAUGCUUGCAGUUUAUUUCUGUACAACAUGUUGUUAUGAUGUUGUAGUGUCUCUUUUUAUGUGUUGAUUGAUCUACAGUCCUCAGAGUUAGGUCUUAGGAGAUUUUGUUUCAAAGCAUAAGUACAUUUUAAUUUUCCUUCGCCUGGAAAAUUAUACCAAUCAAUUCUGUGACUGCAUAACGAUUACUGUUCAGGCCACAUGUACUUGUUUUUGAAAUAUAUUCUUGGUUAACGUCUUGCCAAAAAGUAAGCUCGAGAGUCUUGUCUUAUAUUGUUCAAAUUAAUCUCAACACACUAAACUUGGAUAUCAAGUCGUGAAGUACAUUUUUGCCUUUGUCAGAUACUUCUACAGAUGGAAAACAUUGGAUUACAUCUUAUAUAUAGUGACCUUGAAGUUACAUGGCUGAGUCGAAGCCUUGUGAUGGCUCUAGUACAAGUAAUGUCUGUGGUGGAAGUUCUGAAUCAACUCUUCAGCUCAAUGUCAAGACCCUGGAUUCCCGAAUUUACAGCUUCCGUGUGGAUAAAUAUAUGUCCGUAUCAGCAUUUAAGGAUAAAGUAGCAGUUCAAAGCGGCGUGCCUGUUGGGCAGCAGCGUCUAAUUUUUAGGGGCAAGGUGUUAAAGGAUGAUCACCUUCUUUCAGAAUACAACGUGGAAAAUGAGGAUACAUUACAUUUAGUUGAAAGGCAGCCACAGCCUUCUACUGGAUCUAGCUCUGGAGAGGCAACUUCAAAUAAUGGCAUUAGAGGACAGGAUUCUGCUGGUGGGUCACGCCAUCGCAUUGGGCCAAUUGCUCAGAGUAUUGUAAUGGGGACCUUAAAUGUUGGGGAUCCUGGUGAAGCUGUUGUGCCAGAUCUAAGCCGGGUGAUUGGGGCUGUAUUGAACAGCAUUGGGAUCAGUAACCUGGCAGGAGGCUUGCAAGCUGGGCCUCCGGCUUCUCAUGGAAAUGCCUCGGAAGGGUCACAGGGUGAUGGUGGCAUUGAAAAUCAGGGUGGAAAUCAGUCCAUCCCAUGGCAAGCCUUCCAUGGCCCAUCUGCAUCACAUGCUAUGCAUAUCCCAUUGGGAGCGGCAGUUGCUAUUCCAUCUUUGAACAUGCCAGUUCCUGAUUCAUUGAGCACACUUGUUGAAUACAUGAACAGAAUGGAACAAGCAUUCUUGCAAAAUGAUAAUCAACCAAAUCAGUCCACUGCUAGUGGUAGCAUACCCGCUACUGUAUUGCCUCCAAAUUCUCGUGGUUUACCAACAGUUGAAGGCCUGAGCGUUAUUCUACAGCAUGCCCAACGUCUCCUUAGUGAACAUGCCGUCCCAGCGAUUUCUCGAACUGCAGUUCGUUUAAAUCAAGAAAGGGAUUCUAAUGAUCCUACAGUAAGGGGGCAAGUACAGACAGAUUCUAUUCAGUUAGGCAUGGCCAUGCAGCAUUUAGGUGCUCUUUUCCUAGAGCUUGGGAGGACUGUUUUGACUCUUCGCAUGGGACAAGCUCCUGCUGACUCUUUCGUGAAUUCUGGGCCUGCUGUCUAUAUAUCUCCAUCCGGGCCUAAUCCAAUUAUGGUCCAGCCAUUUCCUCUCCAAACUACCUCUCUUUUUGGUGGUUCAUCUGGUGCCUCAACAAGUCAUGUACCUAUGGGUCCAGUUGGUGUUGCCACAGUUCCAAGGAAUGUAAAUAUUCACAUCCAUACAGGGGCAGCACUGGCACCUACAGCCCCUACAGUUGGUAACAGAGCUCCAAAUGGAGAAGGAAUGCAACGGCAACCUGCCAAUGCAACUGCGCCUGCUGAUUUUGGUCAAGCUCAUGGUCCUACGGGUUUAUAUACCACUGGAACUGCUAUUCAAUCACAACCUAUCACAUUUUCUGCUUCUGGUGCUGUACCAACUGGUACUGUUGAUCAACAGUCUCUAGAAUCUAGAUCUAUUUCUUCGACUGUAGCUGAAAUCAACUCCCAGAUUAGAAGUUUACUUCUUAACAUGCAGGGCGAAAAUCAUGCACCAUCAGGCCAAUCAGAUAGUUCAACCAAUCAAGAGGAAUGUGCAAGUUCUGGUGCCAGAGAUACAGACAUGGGAAGACCUGGUGUCAUGGCUGCUGAGACCAACAAUAUCUAUGACCAGAAGGUCGAAACUACCUACCACCAACCUGAAUGUGAGCCUUCUAUCGGUGCCGGUGGAAAUUCACAUGAAAGGUCAAGCACAUCCAAGCAGGGUAACAAUAGCACUGGUGGUUCUUCAGAUGUUCCAAUUGGAUUGGGAGUCGGAGGUCUUCAACCUAAGAGACGAGGUAAGCAGCCACGAGCACAAGCCAAAGACAUUGAUAGUUCACAUGCUGAUAGUCAGGACCAGCAAGCUAGAGCAGUUGGUCAACACGUUUUGCAAUCUCUUGCAUCUCUUUCGACAAGUGGAAAUACGAAUCCUUCACCAUCAUCACAAACACCUAAUAUUGGCAGGGGUGUGGAAACUAGUCUGCCAGCAGCAAGGCGAAAUGUUGAUGGCCAAAAUGAUAUGGCAGAUGCAAUGUCCCAGAUUCUGCAAGGUCCAGCACUGGAUGGCCUAUUGGAUGGAGUUUCACAGCAGACUGGGGUUGGGUCACCAGAUAUGCUGAGAAAUAUGUUGCAACAAUUCACUCAAAAUCCUGCAAUGAGAAGUACGGUAAAUCAGAUUGCACAGCAGAUGGACAACCAAGAUCUUGGAAGCAUGUUUUCAGGGUUGGAUGGAGGCCAGGGGGGAGGGAUUGAUUUGUCAAGAAUGAUGCAACAGAUGAUGCCUAUUGUCGCUGGAGCCUUAGGAGGUAUUUCAUCUGGUUCUCAACUAAUGCCUCCAGCGGAACCUGUACUAUCGGAGAGUAGGUCAAGAAGAGGGAUGACGGCAACUAUUGAUGACCCUCAGAUUGAUCUCCAACAAGUAGUUCAAAGCCUUACAAAUGAUGGAUCAUCUCGGGAAGUUUUCCACUCUCUAGUAGAUGGGGCAGUAAACCUUUUGAGUGAUGGCAGUGCCGUGGAACAUCUUGCAAACGAGCUGGGCAGUCAGGAAGGGCUCGCACAGGAGUUCAUGGAAAUGUUCCACCGUGAUGUAUCACGAAGAUUUCGUGAUGACACAGGAUUGUGAAAGCUCCUUGUUUGGUUUCUCGCAAUUACAAGUGAUUUUGUCCAAACAGGGCACCAUUGAACCUUAGUGCAUGAGCAUGAUAUUGCUUGAAAUUAUGUCGCAGACGGCUUUGAAUUGCUGAUUGAGGAAUAUAUGGGGCUGAGUUACUUUUCUCGACAUUGAUAUCUGCAUUUUUAGUUUUUCUUUUCAAAUUGUUUAAUUUAAGGCAGAAAGGAGAUUUUGGAUAUAUGUUAUGCUAGUUUGUUUGUAUGUAAAUGUUUGUUUCUUGCUUUUAGCGUCCGCUCGGUAUCUUUACUCUUAAAAAUUGUUUCAGCUGUGCAUUAUUGGAUUAUUCUUCCCACAUAAAA